GACCCGAGGCCAAGCGUGGCAAAACUAGCUAGCGGUGGCGGCCAGACCCAAUACUUACUUAUCCGGGAGCGUGGCGUGCCGUGGCCGGCGUCCGGCGAGGAGAGGGGGGUCACGGGGAGAUAGCUCUUGCUUGCUGAGGUGGUCUUGGCCUCUUGCUCUUGGGGUGGGUGUGUGACGGACGGACGGUCGGUCCAUGGAGAUGUCGAGGUCGCCGGGCGCGUUCCGGUUUCUUGGCCUGCUCAAGCAGCCGGAGGCGGGCCACGACGGCGCGUGCUUCGAGCUGGACGAGAGCGACGUCGUCUGGCCGGCUGGCGGCGGCGGCGGGGACGUGGACGGGUGGGCGGCCGAGGCGGUGGUGACCCCGCGACGCGCCAGCGCCAGCGCCAGCGGGCGGCGUCGCUCGGCGCACGCCGUGCCGCAGAGCUUCGGGCUGUCGUCGCUCCUCGCGGAGGGCGACGGCGGUGUCGAGGGGCAGCAGCUGCACGCGGGGAUGGCCCUGGCCGUGCCUGCGAGGCCGGGUCACGGCGCCGCGACACCGACACCGAGGCAGUCGGCGCCGGUGAGGGUGCCGGUGUGGCCGGGGCAGGCUGCCAGGUCCAGGGAUAACGCGAAGCGCGGCGCCAAGGAGGCAGAGGAGUCCGAGGAAGACGAGGAGGACAAGGACGACGGGGAUGAGAUGGUGCCGCCGCACGUGGUGGCGGAGCGGCGGCACGCGCGGUCGUCGUCGGUGCUGGAGGGCGCCGGGCGGACGCUCAAGGGGCGCGACCUCUGCCGCGUCCGCAACGCCGUGCUCCGCCAGACCGGCUUCCUCGACCUCUGAAUCUCAUCUGAAUCUCAACAAGAAGAAGAAGAAGAAGAAAAUGCAUGCAUGCCGGCCGGCCGGCACGAUCCACCACCACCGAACCGAUGAUGGUCAACAUCCAUUAAUCCCCGUCGAUCACUGGCGCGCGUCCUAAUCGAUCAGCUCCUGCCAUGCCAUGCCAUGCACCCUCCCCUGCAUCCAUCUGGUCUUGAGAGUCACAAAACAAAACCCUCUCUUAAUGUCUGAAACUCUGGAAUGGAUACUGCCCCAAUUGAAUUCAAUACAUUCAAUUUCAUU